CAAAAUAUUUGGAAGCAUAACUGUAAAGUAAAUACUUCAAUUUAUACUAAUCAAAGAAAUAAAGCCCCCGCGAUGGCCACAAAACGUGUGCUAACGCCCAGUAAGGCGGAAAAUGUCCCCGCCGACGUGCCGCCGUCCAAUCCCCUGAAGAAAUUCAAGGAGCAACUAGACUUCGGGGCUGAUGAUCUGGAGAAUAUCGACUGGGGCGACGAUGAUGACUUCGAUUUGGCGGUGGCCGGGGCUGUGGACUCCAUAAGCAACCACCGACUGGAUCUCAGCCACUGGCAGCGGUGCGAGGUGGCGCGGGUGGAGCAGCUGCCCAAGAAACAGGGGCUGGAAAUCCACGUGAAGAGGAUUUCUGACGGGGAUCCGGAGACGGCUGUUUGCCAGCUGCACGCACCCUGGAGUCACAUGGUCCUGGGGGUCGGGGACACUGUCUCCCUGAUGGGCAGGUGGGAUCCAUCUGCCGGAUGCCAUGUGAUCGACAAGGAGCAGGGCUACUGCGUCUCCCAUCCGGAUUUUCUCAUUUCCGGCACCACAGUCACCGGUUCCCUCUUCUGCAAGCGCAAAUCCGUUCUGCAGGAGCGUUUCCGGGGGCUGGACUCUGGCAGCUCCAUAAUGGUAAUUGGCACUCUGGUGCAUGAGUUGCUGCAAAAGGUUCUCCGCCAGAAACUCUCCCAGAAGGUUCAAAUCCAAUCCGCGCUCCAGGAGAUGCUAGCCAGCUCUUCCUUGGCCCACCUACUCUAUGCCAGCAAUCUCAGCCAGGCGGAAAUGGAGUCACAGCUGCUGAAAUUCAUCGAUCCCAUUGUCAGCUUUGUGGCCCAAUAUGUAAAGGGUGAAACACCGGAUGUCCUGCCGCCAGAAGUCUAUCGCGGUCGCAUCCAUGAGAUCCGCGACAUAGAGGAGAACCUCUGGGUGCCUCAGUUGGGGCUAAAAGGUAAGGUGGAUGUCUCCGUGAAGGUAAGGAACCAUCUGCGCAAGGAGGAAAUCAUACCGCUGGAGCUGAAGACUGGCCGAGCCAGCUUCUCCAUGGAGCACAAGGGGCAGCUGCUGCUCUACCAACUGAUGCAAUCUGCCCAGGGCAGGGACACCCAGUCGGGACUGCUCCUCUACCUCAAGGAGGGCCUUCUGCGCGAGGUCCCCAGCGGGAGGAACGAACAGAGGGAUCUCGUAAUGCUCAGGAAUGAGUUGGCCCACUGGCUGACACGGGAAGUAGUCGUCCCAGCUGAAAAAGAGGAUCCCUUGGAGCCACUGCAGCUACCCGAACCCGUUUACCAUCACAGUGCCUGCGGCAACUGCGCCUACAACACCAUCUGCUCGAGCUUUGCCCAGAGGGACCCCAGUUUGGAACUCAGCGACUCGCAUCCCCUCAAGAAACUUAUGCCACAGCUUCUGGGGCACCUCAAGGAGCCGGAUCACGCCUAUGUGCAGCACUGGUGCGGCUUGCUGGCUCUCGAGGAGCAGCACAAUCGUCUGUCUUCGCACUCGCGAUCCUUUUGGACAGAGGAUCCUGUAAAAAGGCAACAGCAGGGCAGAGCAGUUUGCCAGCUAAGGCUAGUGAAGGGUCAACGGGUUAUUUUUGAAGAGGGACGCUAUCGUCAGAGCUUGGAGCUCGAUGAAGAGGCCGAUGCCAGCCGAGAUCUCAGUCUCAGUGGGUUCGACGUGGGUGAAUAUGUGGUGAUCAGUUCCAGCUCGCGCCUAGCCAUUGCCUCUGGUUUUAUUGUAUCCCUGGAGGCUCGUCGCUUGGAUCUCCGCCUGGAGCGCGAUCUUAGCCAGCUGUAUGGGCAGGAAUCAUUCAUCAUGGACAAGCACGAGUCACAGAGCUUUGCCACCUUCAAUUUUACCAAUCUUGGCCUGCUGCUCUCCGAUGGUGAGCGCUUCCAGGAGCUGAGAGACAUUAUAGUGGCCAAGAAGCAACCGGAGCAGCAUAAGGUUCUGCCCAAGAUCAUCCUCACCAAAGGAGCUCCCAUGCUACUACAAUUGAACAAAGUUCAAAAGACCGCAGCUUUGCGCGCUUUGACCACCAGCAGUCACCUUUUGAUCAAGGGUCUACCGGGCACUGGAAAAACGCAGACUUUGGUUUCCCUGGUCAGGCUGCUUCAUCUCCUCGGCAAGAGUGUCCUCAUCACGGCCCAAACGCACUCGGCCGUGGACAAUCUCCUUCUGCGUCUGCUGCCCUUUGAUUUGCCCAUGAUGAGAUUGGGUUCCAGCUCUAGAAUUCACAGCCAGCUGGAGGAGAUAAGCGAGGAUAAGCUUACGAAGGACUGCAAAACGGUGGAGGAACUAGAGAAGGCUCUGGAGAAGCCCUCCAUUGUCGGAGUGACCUGUCUGGGCGCUGGACAUCCGCUCUUUCAGCGUCGCCAGUUCGACUAUUGCAUUGUAGACGAAGCCACGCAGGUGUUGCAGCCUACUGUGCUGCGUCCAUUGGUGCACUGCAGCAAGUUCGUGCUCGUGGGAGAUCCCGAGCAGCUGCCGCCGAUUGUCCGGUCGAAGGAAGCCCGCCAGCGGGGAGCUGAUGAGACUUUAUUCCAGAGAUUGGACUCUGAACAGGCGACCGCUGUGCUGAGCCUGCAGUACCGCAUGAACAAGACCAUCACCCGCCUGGCCAAUGAGCUCACCUAUGGCGGAGACCUAAAGUGCGCCUCCGAGGAGGUUUCCGUCGCCAGAUUCCAGGUGGAAUUGUCCAACCAAGCCCCCCGGUGGGUGCAGCGUGCCUUGCUAACUCAUUUGGAGCAGGCCGUCACCCUGAUAAAUACUGGAAAUUGCUUCGAACGCUGUCAGGAAUUCGUGCAGGCAUCCCAGCGACUGGGGGAGACCUGCUCCUCCAUUGAGCAAAGCUUUGGCGAAGACAAAGAGGAGAGCAGAAAGCAUACGGCCAAAAGGAGAAUAUCCAAAUACACAAACUACUGUGAAGCGGGCGUGGUGAUGCAUUUGCUGAGGCAACUAUUGAAAUCCGGCUUCGAGGCCUCCAGGAUUGGAGUGAUUGCUCCGUAUCGGGCGCAGGUGGAGCUGCUCAAGAAGCUAGCCUCCAAACUGGAGCCCAACCUGGAGUGCAACACUGUGGAUCAGUUCCAGGGCAGGGAUAAGAACCUGAUCAUAUACAGCUGUUCCAAAACAGGUGGCGAAUCCGCUGAUAUGGAACGCUCGCGGGAGGCAGAGAUCCUGGAGGAUCAGCGCCGCCUAACAGUGGCCAUUACCCGUGCCAAGAACAAGCUCAUCCUGCUGGGAGAUAUCCAGUGCCUCGAGCAGUAUGGUCCCUUUCGGCGACUCUUCAAGCACAUCCCUGACAGAUGUCGCCUAAAGUUGGAGGAGGGGCGCAUGGAGUUCGCCUGGCAGCUGAUCCAAGAGGACCUCGCCUCUCUGUUGGAGAACUAGGUAAUUGUUAUAUACUUUGUUAUUUGUAUGCUUCACCAUCCUUGAAAAUUAUCAUUAUGAUUUUUGAUUGUUCCAUUGGCUGGCUAAACAAAUUAUUCUAAAUGAUAUUCUAUUUACUAAGCUUUUACACUUAAACUAAAUAUAUAAUACAUUUUUUUCCAUGUUAAAGUAAA